ACCAUCAUCUUUUCUACAGAGAAUGGGAAGUUGAUGCCCAGUAGGGCUGAAGGUCCAGUUUGCUAAUAGACACUCCCUGCUUUCGGAACUGUGGAUUACCUGCGUUUUCCUGGUGACUUCACACAUUUACUCACUCCUGCAUUCCAAGAACAUUGACUUCUGGUCCUCAUUGCCCAAUUUGGUGAAAGAUGGCAUCCAGCCUGACUUGUACUGGGGUGAUCUGGGCUUUCCUUUCUUUUCUUUGUGCUGCCACCUCCUGUGUGGGCUUCUUUAUGCCUUACUGGCUCUGGGGAUCACAGCUGGGCAAGCCAGUGUCCUUUGGUACUUUCCGGAGAUGCUCCUAUCCAGUGCAUGAUGAGAGUCGGCAGAUGAUGGUGAUGGUGGAGGAAUGUGGGCGCUAUGCCUCCUUCCAGGGCAUCCCCAGUGCAGAAUGGAGGAUCUGUACUAUAGUGACCGGCCUGGGCUGUGGCCUGCUCCUCCUGGUGGCGCUCACAGCCCUCAUGGGUUGUUGUGUGUCUGAGCUCAUCUCCCGGACAGUAGGAAGAGUGGCUGGAGGAAUUCAAUUUCUAGGGGGCUUGUUGGUCGGUGCUGGUUGUGCUCUCUACCCACUGGGCUGGGACAGUGAAGAAGUUCGGCAGACUUGUGGCUACAUUUCUGGACAGUUUGACCUGGGUAAGUGUGAAAUCGGCUGGGCCUACUACUGCACAGGAGCAGGUGCUGCUGCCGCCAUGCUGCUGUGCACGUGGCUGGCUUGCUUCUCAGGCAAGAAACAGAAGCACUACCCAUACUGAGAUGGAGCCACGAGCAACAAACAGAGGAGAAGUCAGGCCACUGAAGCUUGAAGGGGCCAAAGCAUCCCGCUACUUCAAAAGGUGGAAUAGUGGUUCUAAUCCAAUACAAUGCAAAGGAAAUGAAACCCAAUCAGGAACAAUAUAUAGGAAGGAAAGAUGGUAGAAGAUUUGUGGGAAACAUGGAGAGAAUGAGAUAAUGGAGAAAAAUGGACCAAAGGUUAAAAAUAUUGCGGUGUUGGGUAAUCCUAUUCCACAGAUUAUUGUUAAUGUAUAUCACACACACGCAUACACAAAACAAAUCUAUAUAUGCAAGCAAGGAUUUUUCUUUUGUUUUUUGAAGGGGAACACUAGGGAGACUCAAAAGGGCUAGUAGAAGCAAUGUCAAGAGGGAAGCAGGGCACCUCACAGAUGUUCCCUGUGGGUGAUGACACUAGAGAAAGCACAUGAGCACACACACAUCUGUACACACACCCCCUUCCCACACGCCUUGACUGUCACACAGACUGCAGUGGAGGGUUAGCAGUGUAUUACUCCUCAGUAUUUUUAAUAUGCAUUGAAAAUACAGUAUUAUCACUUUAUAAAGCAUCCAUUAAACCUAAUAAAUGGACCAAUAAGCCACUCUAUCAGUAUUUUGUGUAUCCUGCAUAAACUUCAUAUCCUGGUCAUAUUUUCAGUGUUUGCAUAGGCACUUAAAGUUAAGCCUUCAUACUUCAGUAUUCAAAAAUAUGCAAUAUUUCUCUGAGUAGCUUCUGCUAUAUUAUUAUGAAAGAAAGGGACAACUUUCUGUCCACUGGAAGAGAGAAUUCAGCUGAAGAUAUGAGAAAAAUGAGAGUCAUUUUCCAGUCAUUAGAUCUCGGUUUCUUUUGUCCAUUAUUGUAAUGUGCUGUACCACAUUUAUUUCAAUAUUCACUUUGUAAAAGUUAUGAAGUGCUAUUUUGUUUGUAUUUGAAAAGCUC